AUGGGGUCUGAUCUCAGUCAACCCAUUGCUGAGAUAAUCAUGGAUUUUCUCUUGGAUUGCAUUCUCGCAGGCAUCCCCUUUGAAAUCCCCCUAAUAAAAAGAUUUGUAGAUGACCUCUUAUGCGCAGUACCUAAGGAUCAAGUAGCCUACACCCUUGAAAGGUUUAAUGAACAGCACCAGUCCAUCCAAUUUACACUUGAAGAAGAAACUAAUGGAGGUGUUCCAUACUUGGACACAAUGGUUAUGAGAACCCCAGAAAAUAGAAUAAUUUUGGAUUGGUACAGAAAACCAACUUCAUCGGGAAGAUACCUCAACUAUUUCUCAAACCAUUCCCACAGACAAAAAGUAAAUAUGAUAUUGGGCUUGAAGGAUCGCAUAUUGAGAGUUACCCACCCCACCCUGAAAGAAAAAAAUCUGAAAAUGCUGUUUCAGUUAAUGGUAGAGAACGGUUACCCCAAGGGCUUGUUAGCAAGGUUGAUUUUCAACACUGCUCUCACUCCAAGACCACAGAGCAUGGGUGACAACCCACACACUGUUGACAACCCAGCAUCGCUCACUUUCGCCACCAUCCCAUUGAUCAACAACAUGAGCUACGAUUUGAUCAACCUCUUGAAGACCAGCACCCUAAGGAUAGUACCAAAAAACGAAUUCAAGAUCGAAAAAUUGUUUAGCCGUAAGAAGGACAGAUUGGACGUUGGAAACAUGAUGGGCGUAGUAUAUAGUAUACCCUGUUCUGAGUGCAUGGAAGUAUACAUAGGACAAACAUCCCAACAGCUAAAAAGAAGGAUCGCCCAGCAUAAGAGCGAUAUAAAAAAUCCUAAUAAAGCGUGCGCCCUAGCUGACCACACUAGAAAUAAAAACCACCUCAUGGAUUACCAAUCUGCGAAGGUCCUGGAGAGUGAGACGAAUGGGGAUAAGAGAAAGUUCAUGGAGAUGUACCAUAUUAAACGCCAGGAAAAUUCUAUGAAUUACAGGAGGGACGUGAAUAAUAUUAGCAAUGUUUAUUCAUAUUUAAUUCAUUUAGAUCAACUCAGUGAGAGUGAGUUGAGAAGGACACAGAACAUAAUGGACUCUAUUGUGAGUCCUGAAGAAGACCCGCAUUGUGCAAUUGAGCAAUACCAGGGAGGAGAAGGAACUGCAGAAAAGGGUGCGGCCAAACAGAAACGGCAUACCAUGUAA